ACACGUUUCCACAAUCAUGGUAUCCUUUAGAACCCAUUUGAUCACUUACUUCCUUCUUCUCUGGAUCCCUUUUGCUGUCUCACUUACCUUCAAUUUGACAGCAAUUACUCCACAAAAUCGCGACAUAAUAAUAGAAGGUGUGGGCGCUAAUAUCACCCAAGGCGAAAUCCAGUUGACCCCGAAUGUGAGUAAACAAGCCGGACGCGCAACAUACUUCAGACCGCUUCAUCUUUGGAAUAGCACUUCUGGUGAGCUAGCAAGCUUCACUACCAAUUUCACAUUUGUGAUUGAUUCAAACGGGCGUGAAUAUUAUGGGGAUGGUUUCACAUUCUUUCUAGCUCAGAAUAAUUCUGAGAUACAUACCGGUGGAUCCAUGGGGCUGCCGGUUAAUGUAACAGUUAAAAGCCAGUUUGUUGCAGUGGAGUUUGAUACGUUUUGGAACCGUCUUUGGGAUCCAUUAACCCCUCAAAAUACUUCAAUGGGUGACCAUGUGGGUAUAACCAUAAGCUCUCUUAUUUCUGUUAGAGCUCAGAAAUGGUCCAGCAAUGUACCUGGUGGUGGGGUGUGUCAAGCUUGGAUCAAGUAUGAUUCAGAUUUGAAGAAUCUUAGUGUUUCUUUCACUGGCUUUCGGAAUAAUGCAGCUUUUCGUCAAGAUGGGCUUUAUUACAGCGUUGAUCUCAGCCAAGUGUUGCCCGAAUGGGUUAUAUUCGGAUUUUCAGGAGCUACGGGAGCUCUACAGCAGAAUAGUAAAGUUAGAGCUUGGACAUUUGAUAGCUCGAAUUUAGGAGGGGAUGAAGAUAGUGAUGUGCCACCAACCCCAAGCCCGGCUCCAGAUCUAGUGAAUGGAAAGAAUAGCAAUGUGGGCUUAAUUGUGGGUGUCGUAGUUGGAAUAUUGUGUGGUAUUACUCUUGUUGGUCUUCUUGUGUUUGCUUUGUGGUGGAAGAAGAAGAAGAAGAAGAAGAAGAAUAAAAACAAGGAAGAAGUAGAGGAAACUGGAUUUGAUGUUGAUUUGAACAAUGAAUAUCAAAUGGGUACUGGACCUAAAAGAUUUUCUUACCACGAAUUAGCUCAAUCAACAGAUAACUUUGCAGAGAAUAAGAAGCUUGGGGAGGGUGGUUUCGGUUCGGUUUACAGAGGUUUUUUGGAAGAUUCAAAUACAUAUGUUGCAGUCAAAAGGGUGUCAAAGAGUUCAAAACAAGGGAUCAAUGAGUAUGCAUCAGAAGUAAGGAUCAUUAGCCGACUAAGGCACAGAAAUCUGGUGCAACUUAUGGGUUGGUGUCACGAGAAAGGGAAUCUCUUACUUGUUUACCACUAUAUGGAAAAUGGAAGCUUAGAUUCUCAUCUCUUUAAAGGGAAAAGCUUGUUGACAUGGGGAACAAGGUACAAAAUUGCUAAUGGUUUGGCUUCUGCUUUGUUGUAUCUACAUGAAGAAUGGGAGCAAUGUAUAUUACAUAGAGAUAUUAAAUCAAGUAAUGUGAUGCUGGACUCGAAUUUUAAUGCAAAGCUUGGCGAUUUUGGAUUAGCUAAGUUGGUUGACCACGAGAAAGGUGGGCAAACAACAAAGUUGGCUGGUACCUUGGGUUACAUGGCUCCUGAGUGCGCAAUGACUGGCAAGGCAACCAAAGAAUCAGAUGUUUUUAGUUUCGGAGUUGUUGUGUUGGAAAUAGUGUGUGGGAGGAAACCCAUUGACUACAAGGCUCAAGAAAAUAAAAUAUGGCUAUUAGAAUGGAUUUGGGAGCUCUAUGGGGCCGAUACCCUUUUGGAAGCAGUAGAUCCACGUCUAGGUUCAGACUUCGAUGAAGAAGAAAUCAAACAUUUGAUGAUCAUUGGGUUAUGGUGUGUACACCCUGAUUCUGAAGUUCGUCCAUCUAUGAGACAAGUUAUUCAAGUGUUGAACGAUGAAUCCCCCCUUCCAAUACUCCCCACAAAGAUGGCUGUUUCGUCUUACUGGAAGCCUUCCGUGGUCGAUAACCAUUCAUCAGCUAUGAUCUCUAAUAGGGAUUCCUCAAACCAGUCACUAUUUGUUGGUCGUUAAAUUCCUGUGUUGACAACCUUUUCAAAUCUCAACGAAGUCUGUUUGACAUGCGUUAUUAGUAUUCAAUAAAUCGUUGUUUUCUAUAAGUAAGAUCAAUUACUAGGUGUGAGUAAGUUUAUUAUAUCUCAAAGUGUUUACACAAUGAACUUUUAUACAUACAUAUAUUUAUUAUAGCUUAAAGUGUUUAAACAGUAAUUUUUUAUGUA